AGCAGCCCCAGGUGCGGACUCCCGUCCUUCAGGCGCGCGCAGCGCGGGGCUCGCAGGUGCCCGCCCGGCUCCAUGAGCACCGCGCUCUACAGCCUCGACAGCCCGGCAUGUUACAGGAACUGGUCCAUGGAACCGGCCAACUUCUACGAGACCAAUAAAGGCGGCGGUGGCCCCGGUGGGCUCGGAGCCUCCUGCAAGCCAGGCCGGGGCCCCCUGAGCGGCUGCGAGGAGCACGGCGGCAGCGGCAGCGGCAGCGGGGGAGGAGGAGCGGGAGGCGGCGGCGGCGGGGGCGGUGCUAACCUGGCGGAGCUGAGCGCGGCCGCACCGGCCAUGUACGACGACGAGAGCGCCAUCGACUUCAGCUCCUACAUAGACUCCAUGUCCUCCGUGCCCAACCUGGAGCUGUGCCACGACGAGCUCUUCGCCGACCUCUUCAACAGCAAUCACAAGCCCGAGCGCGGGGGCGGCGGGGCGGGCAGCCACGCCAGCGCCGGGGACUACGAGUACCUGCCCGGGCACCCCGCGCACUCCCACCCCCCGGCGCACAAGGACUUCGCCAGCGCCAUGGCCAGCCUCUUGGGCGCGGGCACCAGCGCGUCCCCGCCGAGCGCCCUGAAGCAGGAGCCCGACUGGAGCGACAGCGACAUGUCGUCGUCCCUGCUGCCCUCGCAGAUAGCCACCUGCGCGCAGACCAUCAUGAACCUAUCGGCGGCCGGCCAGCCCACCCCGCCCACCUCCCCGGAGCCGUCGGGCUGCAGCUCCAGCUCCAGCUGUUCCAGCGGCCGCUCCCCUGCGGCGCCAGCGCCGCCGCCGCCACAUCUGGGCAAGGAGAAGAGCGGCAGCGGCGGCGGCGGCGGCAAGAAGUCUCUGGACCGGUUCAGCCCCGAGUACCGGCAGCGGCGGGAGCGCAACAACAGCGCGGUGCGCAAGAGCCGGGACAAGGCCAAAAAGCGCAACCAGGAGAUGCAGCAGAAGCUGGUGGAGCUCUCCUCCGAGAACGAGAAACUGCACAAGAAGAUCGAGCAGCUGACCAGGGACUUAUCGAGCCUGAGACAGUUUUUUAAACAGCUGCCCAGUUCGUCCUUUCUCCAAGCCGGCACCGCCUCCUCGGGCAUUGACUGUCGGUAACUGGGACCGAAGUGGGGGUGUCGGGAGCUGUCGAGGGCGACAGGGAACGGGGCCGGGGUGGGGGGGGCGGCUCGGGGAAGAGGAGCGGGUGGGAAGAGGGACAGAGACGAUUAGUCAAACUAUCAAUACCUCAGAGACUCCAAAGAUCACCUUGUAGCAGAACCCUACGUGUUUUCGCAGCCUGUUCUGUGGCAUGCAGCAAGAAACGUGAAAUUGUUGGUGGUUUUGUUUCUUUUGAACGCAGUAGCUGGAUGAAGCUACAUUCUGGAUUAACACACAACCAAACUGCAAGAGAAGCUAUAAAAUGUUUUCCUUAAAUUAUUUUUGUAAUGGUAGCUUUCGUUUUGUUGUUUUUUUUUUCUACAUCUUACUUCUGUUGAUGCAGCUAUGGUACAUUUGUAAAAAAAAAAAGAUUAAAAAAAACCAACCUUUGUAUUGUAGGUAAGAGGAAAAGCCUGAGCAUGCUCAACUUUUUAUAUUAAUUUUUACAGUAUUUCUAAGAAUAAAAAAAAGCAUUUUAAAUCA